AUGUUUACUCGAUCAACUGAGAAGGGUAUGGUUAUUCUCCUUUUGUAUGUUGAUGAUAUGGUUAUCACAGGUGACAAUUUAGAAGGAAUUACUGCUCUUAAACUUCAUCUCAGUUCAUGUUUUGAAAUGAAAGACUUAAGUCUUUUAAGGUAUUUUCUUGGUAUAGAGGUUGAUAAAUCAUCUGAUGGUUUUUUCAUCUCACAAGUGAAGUAUGCCUCUGACAUCCUUCAGCGUGCUGGGUUAACAGAUAGUAAAACUGCAGAUACACCUCUUGAACUAAAUGUAAAGCUCAAUCCCUUUGAAGGAAAUGCUUUACCAAAUCCUACAUUAUAUCAUCAGCUUGUGGGAAGUCUUAAUUAUCUAACCAUCACAAGACCAGAUAUCAGUCAUGCAGUUCAUGUCAACUCCAAGAUUCAGAUUGGGCUGGUGACAUCACAGAUAUACGCUCAACCACAAGAUACUGUAUAUUUCUAG